AAAGAUGGGGAUGAUGCAAUUGAGGCGCAGGAGCCGUCGGAGGACGCCAAAGUGUUCGUCGGUAACUUGCCGUGCGAUGUGGAUAGUGAUAAAUUGGCUAUGCUCUUCGAGCAAGCUGGAACUGUACAGAUUGCUGAGGUCAUUUACAACAGGGAGACUGAUAGCAGCCAUGGUUUCGGAUUUGUGACCAUGAGUACUGUUGAAGAAGCUGAGAAGGCUGUCGAUAAGUUCAACAGCUAUGACAUGGGAGGGAGGUUCUUGACAGUUAACAAAGCUGCUCCCAGAGGAUCAAGGUUGGAGCGGCCUCCCCGUGUGUUCGAACCUGGUUGCAGAGUCUACGUUGGGAACCUACCAUGGAGCGUCGAUGAUUCUCGCCUCGAGCAAGUCUUCAGCGAGCACGGCAAGGUCACAAAUGCUCGAGUAGUGUAUGACAGGGACAUCGGCCGCUCACGUGGGUUCGGGUUUGUGACAAUGGCUGAUGAGACGGAGAUGAACGAUGCCAUUACCGCUCUUGAUGGACAGGUAUAUGCAUCUGUGCAUUUACGUGAUAUCUUUUGCUGGUACUUUGUAGACUGUAGUGAUAAAGAGUGA